AUGACUGAACUGGAGACUCUGGUCAACCCACCGCAAGAGGUUUUUGAGGAAAUUGUUAAGUUGACCAGUGAAACCGAAGAUUGGGCUUUCCAACUUGGAGAUUAUCAGUUCUGGUCGAAGAACUUUGAUCAGUUUUGGUUGUUCACCAUUGUGGAGAAAGAAACCAAAAAACUCGUCUCUUCUGUGUCCUUGGCCCGUUGGGAUGGAGAAGACGGUCCACUAUUCUCGGUCGGAAUGUUCUAUUGUGUGCAGAAAUAUCGAGGCACUGGUCUAGGAAAACCGCUUUUCAAGAAAGUGAUGGAUAUUGUUGGGGACAAUAAUGCAACACUUACUGGAGUCGUAAAAAUGAGCGCCAAGUAUGCGAGUGACUUUGGAUUCGACAAGGUUCCUGAGCACUGGCAUUUGUUCAGUUCGUUGAAGUGCGCGGAUGUGGUGAUUCCUGAUAAGGUCUCGGAAAAGUAUACAACCAAGUUGUGGUCUGACGUGGAUUAUGACGCGUUGACCGCCUACGAUCGCACAAUUUGCGUCAGGGAUCGCAAGAAGAUGAUGACCAAUUGGUUCAACUUGCCAGACACUUUCACCAGAGUUGUCUUCGACGAAUCUGGAAAAAUAGUCGGCUACUCAACCAUCCGUCUCGUCUCCAAAAACAAGAUGAGUCCGGCUCCUUUCUACGCGGACAACCUUGAAGCCGCUGAAGUUCUUCUCAAGGAUCUCCUCAAUAUGAUCCCUAAUUGGCAACAGUAUGCUAGCUUUGGAUUCCUCCACCCGGAUUGUAACAAGGAUCCGCUUAAGCUAUUGGAAAAGUUCGCAAAGAGCAAUGAGUCGGUUUCUAGUGCCACCUUUAUUAGAAGCCAGUUCACGAAGAAGUUGAUUCCAACGCCGGAUCAAAAGGUCUACGCUUUGGCCGAUUGUGCUCAUCAAUUCGUAUAA